AUGUUUCAAUAUACCUCUCUGCUCGGUGCUCUCCUGUGUAGUGGAGCAUCUGCUCACAUCUACCGAGUUCUAGACACCAGCUUCCCCGAUCCAUCCGUCGUCUAUACAGGCAGUGAAUACUAUGCCUUUGGAACCACCGGCAACAAGGUACAUGCGCAGGUAGCCACGUCGCCAGAUUUCACCAAUUGGACACUUAUCGAGGGCUAUGACGCCCUGCCGGGGCCCUAUCCUACCUGGGUAGACGAAUCUUCAGUCGUCUUGUGGGCUCCUGACGUGAUCAAGUUGGCUGAUGGUAGUUAUGUCAUGUACUAUUCGGCCAGAGAGCACACUUCUGGAAAACACUGCGUCGGUGUCGCUACUUCGUCAACAGCAAAAGGCCCAUAUGAUGCCACUGUUUCCAACGACUCUAUCGCAUGUCCAAUUUCCAAGGGUGGUGCCAUUGACCCUGAUGGCUUCAUCGAUACCGACGGAACCAUCUACGUGACCUACAAAAUCGAUGGCAACAGCAUAAAGAGCGACUCGACCCCAAUCAUGCUGCAGAAAAUGCACUCUGACGGCGUUCAAGCGGAUGGCGACCCAAUCCAGCUUCUUGACCGAGACGAGCUGGACGGACCACUUAUCGAAGCCCCAAGUGUGCUGUACUAUGACGGCAUUUACUACCUCAGCUUCUCAUCAAAUUACUACAACACUGAGAAAUAUGAUACGUCGUACGCGUAUGCGACUUCCAUUACUGGCCCGUGGAGCAAGCAGCAUGCUCCCCAUGCACCGCUUCUUGUGACAGGGACUGGGUCGAAGAAUGCCGGGAAGCUGAGUGCUCCUGGAGGAUCAGAUUUCUCGGCCGAUGGUAAGAAGGUUGUGUUCCAUGCCAAUCUAAACGGAAAAGACAAUUCAGAAGGGCGAGCGCUGUUUGUUUCUAAUAUCACUGUUUCGGAUAACAUAAUUUCUUUGGCAUGA